AUGUUCAGUUUACCUAACUCUGCUACCGACACCUUUGUAAACACCACAGUGUCGGGCGGACCGAUAGAGGUUGUAUGGACUGUUGCGCAAGGCGACCCAGCGACGUUCACCAUUGACUUUUUUAACAUUAAUGUGCUCAGCUUAAUCUACAAAUAUCCUAACGUCGAUAGCAACCAUGGACCCCUCCUUCUCACUUUGCCCAAUGUGACCGUUGGGUCAUUUGGGUCUGACCCAACCUCGACCAAUCCUAUGGUCAUUAAUGUUGUUUCUAUUAUUGUCGUCGUUGACACAUGGUAUUUUGACAGUGAUGGUUACAGGCUGCAGCUCGUGGAUACUGAUAACGAAGCAGACGUUUUGGCCCAGAGUGAAGACUUCGCGAUCGGCGCUGCGCAACCUACUACAACAUCCUUAUUAUCCUCAGCAACGUUCUCGUUCUUAACAGCCACCUCCCUCCUUAUCAAUACUGUUAGUCCUAGCAAUCUCAUUUCUAGCAGUACUGCCCAGACUACAGCAUCGAGUUCGACUCAGGCGGACGGAACAGGUGCACCUGUACCAACCGACCGAUCGACUGUUUCUUCUGUGUCCAAAGCAAAGGUAGCUGGAAUCGUUGCUGGAGUUGUUGCAUCGGCCAUUAUUUGCCUCGCAAUAUUGCUAUAUGUUCGACGUCGCACAUUAUACUGGCCAUCCAUUGUAAGGAGGAGAUAUAACAAAAAAGGGAUCGCUGAAGUGCCAGAGUUACACGGAGUCGUAGAGAACGGAAAUUCUGUGGUGCCACUGAUUUUGCCCCGGGAAUCCGGUCGACGCAGUUGGACAAGCGAUAAGGGCGAGCACGGCCGCCAAGCACGGCCAGAGUCUCGCCGUCCCACCAAUGAAGCGACAGAUAAUAGAACGAAUCAGAAGCACGCAGCACCAGUCCCCAACAUCACACCCGAGAAUUUGCAGCCCAUAGUCGAGCCUAUGUCUUCAGUGAUGCAGGAAGUGGAUGGCCUUCAUGUCAGAAUAGCGGAAUUGGAGCAACAACUGCAGGAAACAAGACAGAACUUGCGUCCACCAAGCAUUGAUUCGGGCGCGGCCAAUGAUAAUCGAUCAGCGCCGCCAGCGUAUUCAGAUGAUGGUCGUUACUGA